CACCGCAGCUGAUGGUGUUCCGCAACGUGGGUCGGCCGCCGGAGGAGGAGGACGCGGAGGCGGCUUCGGAGCCGGGACCUUCGGAACUGCUGUGUCCCCGGCACCGCUGUGCCCUGGACCCCAAGGCCCUGCCUCCGGGAUUGGCACUAGAACGGACUGCUUUGGGCCUCGGGCAGCCGUCGGGGCCGGGGGUCAAGACGGUUGGUGGGGGUUGCUGCCCAUGUCCCUGCCCCCCGCAGCCGCCCCCUCCGCAGCCCCAGCCGCCUGCUGCCGCCCCGCAGGCCGGGGAGGACCCCACGGAAACGAGCGACGCGCUGCUGGUCCUGGAGGGUUUGGAGUCGGAGGCCGAGAGCCUGGAGACUAACAGCUGCUCGGAAGAGGAGCUCAGCAGCCCGGGCCGCGGAGGAGGAGGGGGCGGCCGGCUUCUGCUGCAGCCCCCAGGCCCUGAAUUGCCCCCGGUGCCCUUCCCGCUGCAGGACUUGGUCCCUCCGGGGCGCCUGAGAAGAGGGGAGCAGCAGCAGCAGCAUCCUCCGCCGCCGCCGCCGCCUCCUGGGCCCCUCCGGCCACUUGCGGGCCCUUCUCGGAAGGGCUCCUUCAAAAUCCGCCUCAGUCGCCUCUUUCGCACGAAGAGCUGCAAUGGUGGCUCCGGUGGUGGGGAUGGGACCAGCAAGAGGCCUUCUGGAGAGCUGGCUGCUUCUGCGGCGAGCCUGACAGACAUGGGAGGCUCUGCGGGCCGGGAGCUGGACGCGGGGAGGAAACCCAGGUUGACAAGAACUCAAAGUGCCUUUUCUCCGGUCUCCUUCAGCCCCCUGUUCACAGGUGAAACAGUGUCGCUUGUGGACGUGGACAUUUCUCAGCGGGGCCUGACCUCUCCACACCCUCCAACUCCCCCUCCUCCUCCAAGAAGAAGCCUCAGCCUCCUAGAUGAUAUCAGUGGGACGCUGCCUACAUCUGUCCUUGUGGCUCCGAUGGGGUCUUCCUUGCAGUCUUUCCCCCUACCUCCGCCUCCUCCGCCCCAUGCCCCAGAUGCAUUUCCCCGGAUUGCUCCCAUCCGAGCAGCUGAAUCCCUGCACAGCCAGCCUCCCCAGCACCUCCAGUGUCCCCUCUACCGGCCUGACUCGAGCAGCUUUGCAGCCAGCCUUCGAGAGCUGGAGAAGUGUGGUUGGUAUUGGGGGCCAAUGAAUUGGGAAGAUGCAGAGAUGAAGCUGAAAGGGAAGCCAGAUGGUUCUUUCCUGGUACGAGACAGUUCUGAUCCUCGUUAUAUCCUGAGCCUCAGUUUCCGAUCACAGGGUAUCACCCACCACACUAGAAUGGAGCACUACCGAGGAACCUUCAGCCUGUGGUGUCAUCCCAAAUUUGAGGAUCGUUGUCAGUCUGUGGUAGAGUUCAUUAAGAGAGCCAUCAUGCACUCCAAGAAUGGGAAGUUCCUCUAUUUCUUGAGGUCCAGGGUUCCAGGACUGCCACCAACGCCAGUCCAGCUGCUCUACCCAGUGUCCCGAUUCAGCAGUGUCAAAUCCCUUCAGCACCUCUGCCGAUUCCGGAUCCGACAGCUCGUCCGGAUAGAUCACAUCCCAGAUCUCCCACUGCCUAAACCUCUGAUCUCUUACAUCCGAAAGUUCUACUACUAUGAUCCUCAGGAAGAGGUCUACCUGUCUCUAAAGGAAGCGCAGCUCAUUUCCAAACAGAAGCAAGAAGUGGAACCCUCCACGUAGCGAGGGGCCCCUGCUGGUUGCCACCAAGGGCAUUUGGUUGCUAAGCUCCAGUUUUGCAGAACCAAAUGAAGCUACUGUGAAAGAAGAGUGAGGAAAAGCAAGAGAAUAGGAGAGGUUGGGAUUCUCUGCGCAAAGACUUUGGUUCCCUCUGUAGUCCUGGGGCUUGGAAGAAGCACACAACCAUACUCUCUGAGGGGGGCUCCGCCGUUCCCACCCACCCCUGUGGAAUCCUGGAACUGGAUGAGCUCCCUAGAAAACUGGAAGUAGUCUCACCACUGUUUCUUGUUCAGAAGUUUUGUUUGUAAUGUUUGCAUUUCAUGUGGAAACUCAUUUUGAAGGCAGCUGGGGUUUCUGCCUGGUGGGUUGGGAGUGGUGCGAGGGUUGAGCAGGUCCAUAGGUCGGCAGGGAGGAAGGGGAGCCAGUCGCCAAGCUGGCACCACAGGCAGAGUUGGACUCUACACCCUGAUGAAGAGAGAAGGAGCCAAAGUGCACAACAGGACUGGAAGUUUCUGAGGGAAGGACAGUGCUUCUCAGUGCCAGGGGGAGGAGAGGAUCAGGAAGGGAAGGAGGGUGAUUAUUGAACACAAACUGGCAAAUGGCCUUUGUGGGGGAAGUAGUGACUCUCCACGUCCUUUCCCUCUAAGGUUUAGGAGCCUGAUUUGAGAAUCGCAUCUCAUGGAAGCCGUGUGUUCUGUUUUUCUUAAUCCCUUAGCCCUGUGACCUGAAGUUAAUGGCUGUCUUCCUCCACCCUCAUCCAAUCCCCCCUUGAGAUAACUGUGCAUUUCACUCUGGUCAUGGUAACAUCAUUCCUAUGGCUUCCGCCAGCUGUCAGGCGCUAGCGUUUCUCAUCACCUGAGCAAGCAGUUCCGCACUCCAGUCCUGGGCUGCCAAGGUUAAUGGAGCGUGCUUCCAGAUUCAUAAUGGCACACCGCGCCCACGACUUAGGAGGCAGCGUUACCUCCAUCUGUCAGCUAGCGAGAGGAUGUGGAGGAAGGUGAGAAGUGAAACUAUUGUAGUGGUGCUCUUCCCUGAGAAAGCUCUGUAAUUUGGUCCUAAUGGGAUUUCCUGAAGGGAGGCAAGAAGAACACGUCUCCUGUUUUUGGGUUUAUCACUGGUUGUCUCACUUCUGGGAUAGGAGGUAGCAAGGGGAUCUUAAUUUUCCUGUGUUCAUUCCAGCAACCCAUUCCAGCAUCAAACCCUUUUUGCCCUCCAUUGGGAAGUCUGUCAGAUGCUGAUUAGAGAGUCGCCUGUCUUCGGGUGGACAUGGAAGAGUGGGGGAGAAAAAUUUCCAGUGCUUUCAACUGUCUUUAAUUGUUCCUGUAGCUGGCCGUAGCGUAUAGUGUUAUGAGUUUGCAUACCUGUAGGGCUCCUCGGGGGGGAGGCUUGCUCUCAGGCACUUGAGCUCUUGGGUCUUUACUUUUCUUUUGCAGUAAGUGUUCCAUGAGACUGCCUAGCUUGGGUUCCAUAUGCUGUCAUCUGCCCCAUCUCACCAGAUAAACAGUACUCUUGGGGCUGAGGUUUCAUGACGACUGGGGUGAGGCCCCAACGUCCUGGUAAUUGAGAGGGUUGCCUCAACUGGAAAUGUUGGCCUCUGCCUUAUGUCCUGCACUGAAUGACUGCCUAGGAGGACCGUCUUCCUCCUUGCAGCUGUAGAGAGAGAAAACUUGCAUCAUCACCUAGUUAAAGAGGUGGCCCACAAAAUGAGCUUGGCAGCAUAAACACAGUCCUCCCUGAUCUGUCAUGCGGUCCGUCUUCUCCAUGACUCCCGUGGCAGUUUUGCCAACUAAGGUUGUGAUCUCAGAAAUCAGCUUCACCUGUGAAUC